UGUUUGUCAGCAGUCGACGCUCUCACAAAAAACAAAACGUAGACAAUUUUGUAGAAAAAAAAAAUUGAAUCAUGUGGUCUACACUGCGUACUUCGGUGCGCAAUAUAUGCUCCCCGCUGAGUCGCUCUUGCCAUCACGGCUACUCGGGCGGCUGUCCGGGUGUGAAUUUGCCCUGGUCGAAGGGAAUGCAUAACCCGAUGCGUUUCACGCUGUUCUGGGUCAUAAUUGGCACUGUGGGCUUUGGUGCUCCAUGGUUAGUUGUGCGCCACCAGAUGCUUCGUAACACAGGUGGACCACCACCAGAACCCAAAUCGGAGGAGGAACACAAGUAGCAUGAAGAACACAUCGAACACAACAGUCUGCCUAACUACAUUAAAUUACAUUGAAUAAAAACCGCACAACAUAUUACUGGAGGGCA